AUGCCCGUUACGCUGUUGAACGCCGUUGCCUUUCCAGCACCGUUUCACUUUAGCGUCAGGGCCAAGAUCCCACGUCUAGCAUUCAUCAUAAUCCUAAUCGCUACUGCGUCUGUCCAUUCUACACGUAGUUGUCCAAAGAGACUCAAGGAGCGAAAUCAUAAAGAAUUUUUAGGCACCUUCCAUCUCCACAGACACUGCCCGCAUGGAUUCCUCUUCCAUAGCACCAAUAGAGGGAUACGUUCAGCGAAUUGCACUCCUAUAUUGCCAUCGUCGAUCUUUUGCGCUGAUAAUAGGAAGGAUAAAUGCCGAGAUGGCCCUCUGGAUCUCUCCAACAACUCACGAGGCAAUUUACCUUUAUCGUCGGGUGAUUCCGAAGACUUAUCAAAAAAUACAAAUAGGCAACAAGGUAAUGAUGCUUUAAAAGCGGAAAUACAACGUCGUUACUUUUUAAGUGCCACAGAGCUCGGUAUUGUUAAGGUCACCAAGUGCCAUUUAGUGUCGGACGCGGCCAAAUUAUUUCCCAUCAUUUGCGGCAGUAAUUCGAGUUACAAAGAUUACACUAAAAACGCUGUAAACAACCUGUUCACCGCCCUAGAGACCUCUGGUUGUAGUGUGCUGCUAAAGGCAUACCGUGACCAGUGGCCCAAUGCGGACUCAGUGGCACUAUGCAGAGCCUAUCAGGCGCUAUUUUCGCACAUGCAUCGAGCGGGGGAGAAAGAACGCAUGUUGGAUAUGUUUUUGAGUCUGCUUGACCAUCCGUUUUUGCUCCGGGCUAACAUGUUCCAUUUGUGUAGUAUUUCAGCGUACCAGACUUAUAUAAAUGGUUGGAUCCUUCCUAUGCUGUUCUUUAACAUCUACCGUCUGUAUGGUGCCCGAUUUUUCUUUCAGGUUCCAGUAUUCACAUCUUUCCAGACGGCAUGCAACCUGCCACCCCCUUCCUCGUCAGAUAAACAAACCAAAAAGGAUUUGUUUGUGGACUUUAAGUGUUUUCGCAACAACAAGUUACGGAGGUCCGAUGUUGGCAGUUUUCACACUGGCGUUAUGGAAGCUUGCCUCCAUGCCAGGGAGUUUCGUAUGGCCACAUCCGUAUAUUUCAGCAACCUGUUUUGCGGUGAUGUUUUGGACGAUCAUGCGGAUUCUUCUGGUGCAACCAGAUUUACCGUACAACUUGCGGAAGAUUCUUCAUCCGGGUCGGUACACUCUGGUCGCGGAUUCUCCGACCUUGUAAGCUGUGUUGUGUCAAAGACAUCACAGAUUGAGAGUUCGCACACGCUAGAACCUCCAUCGUCUGAGACGGUAGAUGCGGAUUUAAAGGGUAUAUCUGGGAUGAAUGUGUCUAAUGUAAACCAGGCUGGUGAGCUGUGGGCCAGGACCCUGAUGCUGAAGCAUGCGCUCAACAACAUUUUCCUGUCUCUUGACGUGGCGAUUCCGAGCAACAAAACGGAAGAAUCAGAUGAAAACAGCGCCUUGUCUGUCCAUGUGAGCCGUAUUCUCUCCCCUUACGCAGAUGUCGGCUACCUGGAACCCUUGCUCACCCGAUAUCACCAGGCCUUUGCCAAUAAGGGCAUGUUCAAACCUUUGAAGGAAGAUGCAACUCUAUCCGUCGACGACUUUAUGAGCUACAUAAGUGGAUUUGAAGAUGCCUCUCCGUCGUCUUCUGAACCUCAGCGCAUGAUACGUUUCGUGCACAGGCCUUUGAGCGACACAUUUUUAAAGGGUUCAACUUCCAGAGGAGACGAUAGGAGAACGUUGAAUUCUGCAAUCCGCGAAUUAGUCAAAUCUGGAGUGCGGUUGGGGGAUAUCGGCGUCAGCGGAGUGUACUCAAUCAUGCGACAGCUUCUAUCCUUCGGCAUCAGCGGUUCGGCGGCAGUGCAUUUGUUAUCGGCAGUUUUUCCGGAUAUCCGCUUCCAAAAGUGGAUCCAUUACCACGCAUUUGUAUGUGCAUUUGAGUGCGAUGUUGAGCGGCGUGAUUUGGGAUCUCUCGACCGCCUAAUGGAUGUGAUGCUGCGUUGGAACUGCAGACCUGAGCCCGCAAUGUAUGCCCGGUUCUUCGAGCUAUGCCCUUCACGGGACGCAAACGACCUAAUUAUAAAGCAUGGCCGUGCUUUCAUGGAGCUCCCAACGGCGGGUGAUGGUAACGCUGAUCGCCGUUUCGGGCUAUCUCCCUUCAAUCGGGUAUCGUUCGAAAUGUACUUCCAUUUACUCCUAGCGUACAAUCGUUUGGGUUGUAAUAAGGAAGUUCUACUGGUUUUCAAGCGUUUGCUGCUAGAGUUGAAUGGCCUCUACCGCACGAUUCCACCUCGAAUUUGGCAAGUCGUGCGGGCAAUCGCAGGGAAUUGCAGUUUGCCUCCCGAGUUCACGGCACUGCAUAUCGAUGCACAUCAAGGAGGUAGGAAUCCGGGGCUUCCGGACCUACCGGGAUCCGUGCGUCUUCCACUUCUGUCCCGGCUACAACGUGAUUGGUUUGUUCCUACUCCACUGAUUGUUGACACGCGCACAGUUGGUCUGAAUGGCUCCGGGAAGAGUAAUGUGUUGCUCGCCGUGAGCUUUGCGUUGGCCGAGACUCUCGAGCACGCCAACCGUAGCUGCUACUUGUACCGCGGUGCCGAGUCAUCGGAGGACGACGAGUUUUCCGCGCAUGUUGAAGUUGUAUUCGACGUAUCCCGUGAUGUACAUCUGCAAUCAGUAGUCGACAAUAAGGAUGAACUGCGUCUAAAACGUAUUUUUUCUCGAUCCAAGGAUCUCUACCUGGUGAACGGGCGCCAAAUGUCACGGAAGGACUACCGACAGAUGAUCGAGAGUGUGAAAUUAAUCCACUUCAGCAAACAAAGCGCAUCUUACCGGAAUGACCUACACUUCAUCGUGAAGCAGGGCGCGAUUGGGAAGAUUUGCAGCCUCAGUGCAGAGGAACGUUUGUCGGCGUUCCGCGAUGUCAUAGGCCACCGAUCGUUCGACUCCAAGAUAGAGGAAUCUAUGAAACUGCUCAAAGAUUACGAUGUCACUUUCAGCUCUGUUGACGCGCAAUUAUCGCAAAUACAGCGUAAGCUGGAUACCCUAGACAUUCAGCGUGGCGCAAGCGAGGAGUGGUCUAAGCUCGAUGCGGAGCGUCGCGUGCUCCAGGCAUGCCUAGUGCUACUAAAACUAUCGCAAUUACGACAGAAUGCGUCGACUCAAGAAGCUACGGAGUCGGAAUUGUCUGGCAAAAUAAACGAAUUACAAGGGCGCGUUGACAUGCUAGAGAUGGAUGUCAGGGAAUCUCGAGGUGCACUGUCUAUCAUUGAAUCCAUGGAAGACGCGGGAACCGCUACCACAGAACUUUCAUCACUGGAAUCUUCCCUGGCAGAUGUGGAAGCCGAGUCGGCUGAGCUUCGCAAGGAGUUGGGCCUGCUUACCCACACCAAGGGUCAACUUGAACGGGAGUUGGACUCGCUGAACACCUCCUUGGAAUCGUCUGUUGCCGAGCUGGGGGGUGUUGAGAAUGACUGUGUGAAGGCGUCUCGUCGUAUACAGGACCUUGAGACACAGCUGAGCGAUGUGAUGCAUCGCCAGCAUUCUUCCGGCGAGAAGGUGAAAGAGCUUAUAGCGCGUUUGGAACAGCGGAAAUCAGAGGCACAUGAGUCCAUAAAAGAAUUCGAGUCUCAAAAGGUCACUCUUUCCUCUUCCCUAACGCGCUGCAUGAAUGACCAGGAGCUUCUACACUCGGAGAUUGCCAAGCUUAAGGAUCGCUGCGCUGAGAAGGCAGCGCGCAUGGAAGAGUGCACAGCGUCUCUUGAGACAUCUCUGGAAACCAAGCGUAUAAAGCAGAACGAGUUGUCUGCAAGCACGGUGAAGCAGUCGAAUCUGCGUGUUCAGUACGGUGACGCCGAGAAGAACUUUAGCAAGGUUGCUUUGUCACAGAAGACGACUCUGGGUUUGGUGAAGGAGUGGUUAGAAAGCGAUGAGUCGGCGUCCCAUCGGAAUAGUUAUGUGGGUGUGCUCAUAGAUUUGGUUACCGUGUCUGAUGCGUUCAAACUUGCUGUGGAGCAGACCCUCGGCCCUAAACUGUUUACUGUGGUGGUACGGACGAUGCAAUGCGCUAAAUCGCUCAUCCGCCACAUUGAGAAGAGCGAAAGCCGCUACAGCAACAUCCGCAUCGUAGCACUUGGCAUUUUUCCGAAAUCGAGCGGCGGUAACGACACGCUGCUGCCGAGCUCGGUUGAUCGAGCAGAGGCGAUGCCGCUGAUGGAUUGUGUUACAUUCGAAGAACAUCUGCGACCAUUGAUCCGUUCGUUGCUGGGUGACUUUUGUUUGGUUGAGAACGCGGAUGUGGCAUCCCGCAUAACGGGGAACCGUGUUAACUGCGUUACACCAGACGGCCAGGUGUUCUACCACCGCGGUUCGGUAUCUGGAGGUUAUGUGGACAUGAAGGAGUCCAUAUUGCGUCUAUAUGGCAUUAUGAAGCAAGCGGGCGCCGAUUUGGCUGCAGAGGAUGAGCGCAUCGCCCGUCUACAGAGCGAUCUGGCGGCCCUUGGCGAGGAGCAAUCGAAGCUGACCCAGCAACGCACCGUCAUUAAGUCCGAGCGUGCUGCUCUGCAGGAGAAUCUGCGGCAGCUGCAAAUGUCGUUGCAGCACCUCACUAGUCUCGAAGAUUCCAUUCGUCAUAAACUUUCUGACAACCCAAAAGAGCGUCUUAUGUACCAGAUCAAAUCUUGGGAUGAGCAGAUCGAGGUUUACAAGCGCGCCGCAACACCUUCUCCUGCCGCUCUGGCCGAACUUGUGUCACGGCAGUCCAAUCUUGAAUCAGAACUAGAUGCCUCGCGCAAGCAGAAAUGCACGCUGGAGUCUCGCGCUCAUGAGUUGCGUGACAAUGUUUCAGUUCUGCAGGAUAAGCGCAAUGCACUGGCCAAGCGUGUGAUCACCACCCUCCAGUUACUGGAGGACUACUCGGGACAUCUCCGUGACCUUGAGCAACGAUCUGCGUCAUUGACCCAGUCACGUGACUCCAUAAACUCCGAAAUUUUGAAGGCGUCGGAGGAACGCGACAGGUCUCAGCGCCAGCGUGAUGAGCUGUGUUCGCGCCUCCACAAGCUGGAGACGGAACUUGCUUCCCAGAAAGCCGCCCUGGCUGAAGCAACUUCUCAACUCCGAGAUACUUCACAAACCCUGUCAAGUGUCAAAAUCGCAAUUAAAGAAUCAGAGGAUGAGCUGUCAAGACUAGACCAAGCUGUCCUGGAAGAGGCAAAGCAAACCCAGGUAGACAACAAGGACGACCUCAUGUCACGGCUUGCCGAAAUAAACAAGCGGUGCUCCAAGUUCGACCUGUCAGUUCGUGGCUGCUCACAGGACAGUGCCGCACUGCGUGCGGAAUUCAAGGAGUUGCGCCAGCGUCAGGAGCGCAUAUCACGUUCAAAUGCAGCAAUUGUAAAAUCUAUUAAGGCUUUAAGGAGCCAGAAGGACAGUAACCUCGUCCAGAUGCUUAGCCAGCUGAAUGACAAGCUGUCACAGACUUUCGAGGAACUCGUCCCCGGAGGCCGUAUCCGUGCGGUUCUGCUCCGCCGAGAACCCGCUUCCAGCGAGCCGUUGGCCAAUGUUGCUGUAUGCCUGCCUGAGUGCUUUGUCGAGUCUCCAGAUGAGGAGAAAUUCACCGGCUUGGACCUGAAGGUGUCCUUCAGUGCCGGUUCGGAUGCUCUGCAGCAGUUAUACCAGCUCUCCGGUGGCCAGAAGACCCUGGUUUCGCUCGCCUUUAUCCUCGCAGCCCAGCGCCUGCAAGCCGCCCCCUUUUACCUCCUUGACGAGAUCGACGCCGCACUGGAUGAAGGUUAUCGAGUGAACGUUUCGCGUUUGUUGGAGCGCCAGUGCCAUGAGGGGUCUCAGUGCAUUCUAACUACGUUCCGCCCCGAACUCUUACGACCAGGAGAUGUUUUUUACGAGGUUUGCAACGAGGGAGGCGUCAGCGUGGCCCAUCGUGUGGGUUUGGAUGAUGCUCUGUCCGUGAUAAGCCGGGUUGGUUCUUCGUGCUGCGUUUAA